AUGGACCAGGCCAGAAAGCGCCAGAAAGUUUCAUCUGCCUGUCAGCGAUGUCGUCAACGCAAGCUAGGGUGCGACCAACAACGCCCUUGCCAGUUAUGUCUCCGAGCCGGCGUAACGUGUGUCCCGCGCGGGCAGCCAGUGGCUCGAGCAUCCCCAACGAUACCAAUCGUUGCGCCGGCUGGGCAGAGGAGAAGUUACGGUGAAGAACGAGCUGCUCCCGUCCGUCUGAACGAUCGAGAUACUGCAGUUCUUCCAGAGCUUAACAUUAUAUUUUCGCGCGAUGAGCAACAUCAGGCACUGGAGUACGACACCUCCGCCUUGCCUGGAGGCAGGAAGACCUACAGCCCUCUCUUCUCCAGCCCGAUGCCAUGGAGAGAUGCAAUUGGUACAGAGCUGCCUGACCGGCAAGUCCUGGAUGAACUUGUUACCCGGUUCUUCGACUCAGUAGAUUGGUUUAUGAUGGUAUACUCUGUUCUCAUUUGUGUAGCGGUCUGCUUCAUUGUCGAUUCCGUUGGCCUAAUGCGAUUACGUCAGGUAUUCCACGAAGGGAGCUUCCGACAUCGAUACGAGAGUCUCAUUGCUUCAGUGCAUGUUGCUGCACCCGAUAGCAAUUUCCUGUGGCUUGUGUUGUUAGUCCUCGCUCUGGGCGCUCACUACUCGUCCCUUUCCGAGCCCCUGGGUGAAAACCUCCAGAGCCUAUCAGUCUUAUACGAGAAGCUCCUCACCCAGAUUGAAUACAGAUUCUUACAGAUUAUUGGGUGUCCAAAUGUGGAAGCUGUGCAGGUUUGCGUGCUCCUAGGAAGCUUUCACUUGUUCAAUGGUCGUCCGACUGUUGGUAUGGGCGUGUUAGGCAGUGGCAUUAAAAUUGCACAGGUCAUUGGAUUACAUCGUGAAUCAAUGUGGCACAACCUUUCUGAAGUCGCGCGAGAGUCGAGACGACGGUCAUGGUGGGCCUUGGAAGUUUUCGACAAGUAUGCCGCUGUGGCCUUCGGCAGGCCGUGUAGUAUAGACGACUCUGAUUGUAAUAUUGGCAUGGUAACAGAUGUGGGGGAAGUGAGUCCCCGUCAGAGUCCUCUCCUAAUAUAUCAUCAAUGGAAAUUUAAGCUUUAUCGCCUCAUGGGCCCCUUCCUAGGAAGGCGACUUCAGACCAAUCGACUCGACACAGUCAAAGUUGUUCAUGAUCGGCUAGUCACAUGGGAGAGAGAACUACCCGAUAGCCUACGUCUGGAAACAUAUAAGGAAGAUGAUAACUCGGGACAUCCACCUUUAAUACAGCUGGCAGCGCUCGCUCUUCAGUUAACCUACGAUAAUCUUCGCAUCAUUCUUCAUCGCAGUGUUGCAUUUGGCGAUAUUGGCCCUGAGCUCGGCGUAAGCGGAAGGAUAGCCGGGAGCGAAGGCCCUGCCUUCUCUCGUCAACAGCUGCUAGAGGCUUCGUUACGAACAUCGGAACUUUAUCGAUAUUCUCAUCUUCUAAAGGCCUCUCGUAGGACACACGCCGUAAUGCAUAUUGGGAUAUGCCUGUUUACAUCCGGCGUUGUCCUCUGUGCACUCUCCCUCAUGGAACCGUUGUCCAUCACGAGUCAGAAGGCAAAAGCAGGCAUCAUGCAGAUCAUCCGGCUACAGAAGGAAAGAGUAUCGAACCACCAUGUCCUGUCACUUCAAAGCGUCAGAAUACUCGAGGAUUUGGUUAAUGUUGUCAUGCAAGCCGAACAACGGAUAAUUCUGGGUGACCCUACCCCCGCGUCUAUCUCUAAACCGAGAAACCGUGAAAAGCACGUUGAUAAUGGGUAUACCGACUUCAGUCAAACUCAGGCAAAUGCGGGUGUUGGCUCUAGUACUGCGGUGACUGCCCAAACGUCUCUUACGCCUCUUCAAGAAGUGUUUGCUAACCACACACAACCGCCUUCGAGCCAAAUGGAAGUUCCCACUUCUGGGACUUCUUCUUCCACCUGGCAGGACGCAGGAGGGCUGGGUCCUACGGACUCAGCUUUGGAUUCGUCCGCCGGAUUCUCCUGGGAUGGAAAUAUUUCUUCAUUAGUCGACUCUGGACUUGCUGACGCCAGCCAACUGUGGCUCUGGUCGGAUAAUCUCGGCUAUCAGUCAUUUGCUGAACUUAGUGACAUACUACACUGA